AUGCCUGAGGGACGUCAAUCUCCUCCUCCCGAGCGCCAAUCCGCCGCCCAAAUAGGGGAAUCUGGAUCCGGCAAGUCCUCAGAUAUCAGCAAGACCAGCCAGAAGGACCCAAAGUCCCAGCUUGACUGUCUUUCAUCGAACCCCAAGGGGCCGAUGGACGAUGUGCUUAAACACAAGUUCUCCAGGGAGCCUGGAAACUACACUCCGUUGAACGCUUAG